CUACAGCUGAAUGCUGAUGAUGCAAAUACAAGAGAGGAGAAGGCAGGAAGGUAAUUUUCCUACCACCACCACCACCACCACCAGCUCAAAAGCAGAUAUACAUACAGUCUGAAAAUACCACAGCCAGCAUCGGAAUAUGUCCUCCUCUUUCCUGUCUUCUUACACGUUAUAAAUACUCUAACAAACCUCAUGAUCUCUUCCAGAUAAAGACGAUCUCUUUCUCUAUAUCCACCUUCUUCUUUGGUCGUGUAUUGAGUAGGGUUUCUGCCAUUUACAGUCAUACUCUUAGAAGAACCGAGUUAAAGAUAGCGAGAGAGAUAAGCAAAAUAGUGAGUUUAUAAUGGAUACAUACACUCUGCAUAUGGUCAUGGCGGCUUUCUUUGGGGCUUCUUUCGUGGCCGUUUCCGCCUACUACAUGCACCGGAAAACCCUAACCCAGUUACUGGAGUUUGCGAAGACGGUUGAACGAGAGCGUGAAGAUGGCGAUGAGGUGGUGGACAAAGAUGACUCGUCGAGGCAUUUCAAGAAGCACGCAGAUAAGCGGAGAAACCAUGGGAGGCGUAAGGCAGCAGGGUAUUACCGACGAACGUCCGCCUCGUUGCCGGAUGUUAUGAUGAUUGCCGCUGCUGCCGAAGUAGAGGAGAAGCGGAACGGCCCGCUUUCGGCGGAGGACCGUAAUUUUUCGAUUCCGGCUGGGUUGCCUCGUUUACACACGCUUCCUGAAGGACAAUCUGCAGGGAGAGCAAGCUCAACUAAGAGAACUGGACACAUAAUGAGACCAACUUGUCCCAAGUCUCCUGUUGCUAGUGCUAGUGCCUUUGAGAGUGUUGAAGGAUCCGAUGAAGAGGAUGAUUUAACUGAUAAUGCUAAACUAGACACUACAUAUAUGCACGCCAAUGGAAACACUGGACCUGAGUGUGGAAGUCUUCUCCAGAAUUUGCCUGAUAAUAUUAAUGGCAAUACCGAGGAGAAGCCAAUAGCUGCUGCUAGCAUGAUCCGGUCCCAUAGUGUAUCUGGUGACCUGCAUGGGGUUCAGCCUGACCCUGUAGCAGCUGAUAUUCUUAGGAAAGAACCAGAGCAGGAAACUUUUGUACGGUUGAAAAUUACUCCAAGUGAGGUACCAUCUCCGGAUGAAGUGGAAGCUUAUCUGGUACUUCAAGAAUGCCUUGAGUUACGAGAAAGUUAUCUGUUCAGAGAGCAAGUUGCUCCAUGGGAGAAAGAAGUAAUAACAGAUCCUAGUACUCCAAAGCCUAUUCCAAAUCCAUUUUCAUAUUCCCCUGAGGGGAAAAGUGAUCAUUAUUUUCAGAUGGAGGACGGAGUUGUUCAAGUUUAUGCGAAUAAAUACUCCAAAGAGAAACUUUUCCAUGUAGCUGAUGCAACGACCUUCUUCACUGAUUUGCAUCAUAUCCUUAAAGUAAUUGCUGCAGGGAAUAUUCGAACUUUAUGUCAUCAUAGACUGGUUCUUCUGGAACAGAAGUUCAACCUUCAUUUGAUGCUUAAUGCGGAUAGGGAAUUUCUUGCUCAGAAAAGUGCACCCCAUCGUGAUUUUUAUAAUGUAAGGAAGGUUGAUACACAUGUUCACCACUCGGCAUGCAUGAACCAGAAACAUCUUUUGAGGUUUAUAAAAUCGAAGUUGAGAAAAGAACCUGAUGAGGUUGUAAUAUUCCGAGAUGGGACAUAUUUGACAUUGAAAGAAGUUUUUGAGAGCUUGGAUUUAACUGGGUAUGAUCUUAAUGUGGAUCUGCUAGAUGUUCAUGCUGAUAAGUGUACAUUUCAUCGUUUUGAUAAAUUUAAUCUAAAGUAUAAUCCUUGCGGUCAAAGCAGACUCAGGGAGAUUUUCCUUAAACAGGAUAAUCUUAUCCAAGGUCGUUUCCUUGCUGAGUUGACUAAACAAGUGUUUUCUGAUCUUGCUGCAAGUAAAUACCAGAUGGCUGAAUACAGGUUAUCAAUAUAUGGUAGAAAACAAAGCGAGUGGGACCAAUUAGCUAGUUGGAUAGUGAAUAACGAACUAUACAGUGAAAACGUUGUUUGGUUAAUUCAGCUGCCAAGGCUGUACAAUGUAUACAAGGAAAUGGGCAUUGUGACAUCUUUCCAGAACAUGCUUGACAAUAUUUUCCUUCCCCUUUUUGAGGUUACUGUUGACCCAGAUUCACACCCACAUUUGCAUAUUUUCUUGAAGCAGGUUGUGGGAUUCGAUUUGGUGGAUGAUGAAAGUAAGCCUGAAAGACGUCCAACGAAACACAUGCCAACACCAGCUCAAUGGACAAAUAUUUUUAAUCCUGCAUACUCAUACUAUGUGUAUUACUGUUACGCCAACCUGUAUAUACUAAAUAAGCUUCGUGAAUCAAAGGGCAUGACAACAAUCACUUUCCGUCCACAUUCAGGAGAGGCUGGUGACAUUGAUCACCUUGCUGCAACUUUUCUUACGGCUCAUAACAUUGCCCAUGGGAUCAAUUUGAGAAAAUCUCCUGUCCUUCAAUAUUUGUAUUACCUUGCACAGAUUGGCCUGGCUAUGUCUCCUCUCAGCAACAACUCCUUAUUUCUAGAUUAUCAUCGGAACCCUUUCCCAAUGUUUUUCCUACGUGGCCUCAAUGUUUCACUUUCUACGGAUGAUCCAUUACAAAUCCAUUUAACAAAAGAACCCUUGGUGGAAGAAUACAGUAUUGCAGCUUCUGUUUGGAAGUUGAGCUCAUGUGAUCUAUGUGAGAUCGCCCGCAAUUCAGUUUACCAGUCAGGCUUUUCGCAUGCUUUGAAGUCACACUGGAUUGGGAGAUCAUACUACAAGAGAGGUCCAGAUGGGAAUGAUAUUCACAAAACAAAUGUGCCUCAUAUCCGUGUGGAGUUCCGGGACAUGAUAUGGAGAGAGGAGAUGCAACAGGUUUAUCUGGGUCGAGCUAAUAUUCCUGAAGAAGUGGACAAGUGAAGUGCAUGAUACAUUGCCAAUUUAGCUAUUGGUGAUUAUUCAAUUCUUUUCCUGGAUGGAGUUACAACGACGAUGACUUUAUUUGUGUGUUAAAGACGAGGUUACCUCUUUUGCUAUAAGAUUCAGGGGUGAAUGCCUGAAUGUCCAUCAGUUCACACGGCAUCAGGGGAGCGUUAAGUUGCCUGAAUCAGUCAGAUAUUGAAUGGGGUUAAAGUUGCCAGCGUUAAAAUAUAUAAGCUUAAAUACGUGAUGAAAUCAAUUGGGCCAGAAUUUGGACCAAAAGAAAAUACAUUGUGGCCUUGAUGUGGCUUGACUUUACAGUUUGAGGCUCCGAGCAACAUAAUACAGGUUAUACCAGAGUUACAGUUGCUGAUUCAAAAAAUAAGAAUAAAAAAUAACAGGUUUUACCAGAAGACCCUGUCUGUGGCUCAUGUUAGGCUUCUUUAAUCACCUAUUCAUUCCAUUAUUUGUAAUAAGAUAAGAAGCUGCUUAUUCUUAAAAAAGUGGCAUUACCCUUGUUUCCAUCAAGGAUGAUAAUUGUACCUUUCAAGUCCGAAACAGAAAGUAAUUGGUCCACCAAUUACAUGUCAGUAUAUACAUCAAAAUUUUGGCACCA